UCGACCGAAAGACGGAGGAUACGGAUUUUCCUACUUUGUGGUGCUGCAACAUUUUCUACGAUUAUUAUUACAUUUGGCGCUCGAAAUUUAAAAUGUUUCUUCGCAUUCGUCGUCGAUCGAGCUUUUUGUCCCUGAUAGUCAGUUUCAUUUUUGUCUGUUGUCUCAUUUCUCUUGUCAAUCUAUCACUGAGCCAAUCGGGAAUCAAAUGGGAUUUAUUUCAAACAUUUGAACAAACCAACGACAUUGAAUUUACUGAUGAUUUCGACAACGUGACUGGUGCCGAUAAAUAUAUCGUCCCCAAUAUCAUCCAUUUCAUCCGCUUCAAAACAUUUGAAUUAAACUUUAUCGAUUACGUCGUGCUGAAAGCGGCGAUGCGCAACCACAAACCAGACAAGUUCUACAUCCACACAAAUGUACUAGAGGUUAAAUAUGAAGGAAAGUACUGGGACUUGGUGCGGAAGGACAGGGAUUUGUGGUCUCGCAUUGAAGUUUUGUAUCUGGAAGCUCCAACGGAAAUUUUCGGCCAAAAACUCAACGAAGGCUGGCGCUUUUACCACGGCGGAGACAUCGGACGCAUCCGCGUUUUGAUGCAAUACGGAGGCAUCUACUUGGAUAACGAUUGCUUUGUCAUCCGUUCACUGGACAAGUACCGCAACUUUGAAUGCGCCAUCAAUUGGGAUGAAAAUCAAUUCAUCGGUUCUCAAACCAUUAUUGCACACAAGAACGCCCGUUUUCUGGCCCUCUGGCUGGAUUCUUACAGGCACUAUCGUUCGGAGAAAUGGUACUAUAAUGCUGGCGAGCGACCCACGGUUGAAAUCCUUUAUCGUCACCCGCAACUCGUUCACCGUGUCAAAGGCGAUUUUGGAAUCAUCACAGACGUUUCUUUAAAUCUCUAUCGCAAUACAAGCAAACCGUUUGAGUGGCGCAGUUUAGAUUCCAUACACUUGCUCGUAAAUCAUCGCUUCUAUCUCGAUAAAAAUUACAACAAGACACCCACUUUCAACGAGAGUAACAUCCAGACCUACCAGUAUCCAUUUGGGGAAAUGGCUCGCGAAGUUCUUGACAUGAAACCCAUCACCCUUUCUGAAUCACCAUCAGCCCACCAGCACCCUCCACAGUUAGUAAUUGAUUUAACAGAUUGGACUGAAGGCGAAAGUGAUUCGUUUGCAUUGAACGAAACUAAAAUCGCCAACACCAGCACCAUUGAACCAACCACCAACGAUCCUUAUACCAUGCACGUCAAUGAGAUGAAUCAACAGUUGCUCGACUUUUUGAUGAACCAACUACGACCUUACGGAAUUGUGGACCCUGACUCAAUUACCAGUACUACAACCAUUCCACCGAGCACAAGCACUUUUCUUCCAAAUGCUGCCGAGGUGCUGAUGAAGAACCUCAUUAGCAACGGAACGGAUACAGAUGAAAUCAUCAAUGCACAGCAGAUGCAAUUAUUCCGUGAUUAUGUAAUGCAACAACUUAUGCCUUUGGGAAUUGUGGGCUCUAGCGAAAAACCAAUAACCAGUAGUACGACCGUGACACAAGUACCACUACAACAGCUAGUGUCACAAAAUCCAAUUUAAUGAACUUCAAUUUGCCUCAGAAUUUAGACGUGAAAACUCUGUUGUCGAUAUUCCACGCACUCGAAAAAAACAAAGAAAAUUCAAAUGUUAUUUCCGCUUAAGAUAUAUGUUAUUACCGUACAAAAUACAUUGCAAUCAGAACGUCUUGA